CCAUAACCAGAGUUCCUUUGGCGGUAGGGCUCAGCAUGGACGCUAGACCUGCCUACGAGGGGACUCUUGAUGAGUCCCGUUUAUUUGCGAAGCUUCCGAAUGAGAUUGCGGAACUCAUUCACACAGCGUCUGGGACACAAUAUCUGAAUGCGCUUGCGGUUGGCGCAUUGAGGUCCGGAUGCACAGAAGGCUUCUUUUGCCUAUAUGAACCGAUCUUUGUGGAUUUGGCAGCACGAUGGCUCUUCUCUGAUUCUCAACUGGAUCAAGUCGACAUCCUUUCCGCAUUCUCUCGAGUUUUACCGUUUGCGCCAAAUCUCCGACCAUUUGCAAGCCAAUAUGCCAUUGCUCGGGCUGGACCUCUAUCGGCUUUGGCUGCGUGUGAUGAGCUGACCCUUUCACAAAUCAAUGAUGCCACUAUUCGAAGCCUUUUGUUAGCGAUCUUCAGGCUUCUUUCCUAUGACGCGGAAGUCUUCUCACAAGCCGUAUCACCGUCCCAGCUACAAUCGUUAUUUCAACACCGCGAUCGAUCUGUCAGAUACCUUUCCAUACGAUGCUUUUCCCUAUACAUGCGUGCAGCGGAUGCUGCCUUGGAGGAACUGAUCAAACGCCAUUUUGCGGAUGACAUCAUUGAGGGUGAAUGGGAGGGUACCACGAUCGACUACCGUUGUCUUGGUUUGUGGGAAGAACGUCGGUGGAACAUCCUGAACAAGCAGGUCCAGCUCGCCAGGUCCAACAGGUCUACUGCCGAUACCUUCUCUCAGAUUGAAAAGCUCCGAGAAUAUUUCAGCCCCCGAACCGCCGAAAUCUGCGGGGUAUUGAUCCCACGACAGAAUGAUACCUCUGCGCAACCAUCCUCGAUCGUGAAAACGCCUACCGCUGUCGGGAACCUGCGGAAAAUCGCAACGGCGCUGACCUCUACUAGUCCUAUGCUGCUGGUUGGUUUACCAAACUCGGGAAAAACGACACUGAUCAACGAUGUCGCCAGAACCAUGGGUCAGGCGGAAACAAUGGUGACGCUACAUCUGAACGAGCAGACAGACGCAAAGAGUCUCUUGGGAAUGUAUUCGACCUCACCAGCUACUGGCUCUUUCGCUUGGCAACCCGGUGUCCUAACUAAGGCGGCGAGGGAGGGCCGUUGGAUAUUGAUUGAAGAUCUUGACCGCGCGCCUUCCGAAGUCAUUGGUCUUAUUCUUCCUAUCAUUGAGCGGGGAGAGCUGACCAUAGCUAGUAGGAAGGAGAAGAUAAAAUGUGCAGAAGGCUUCAAGAUUAUUGCCACCAUGAAGUCUUCAUAUAACAUUGCAGGUGAUGAGGUCGCCCCAAGCACCAAUAUUCUUGGGAGCAGGUUAUGGCAACGUGUACAGAUUGACUCCUUCACGAUCGACGAAGUUCGAGAGCUUAUCACGCAAAAAUACCCCCUCUUGGAAUCCCGGGUCGCCACUAUCAUGGAUGUCUACCAGAGGUUAUGCGCCUCCUUCCAUGGAAGUCUGGCUAUUAAGAGUUCUCAGGGACGCACUCCCGGUCUUCGUGAUUUGAUCAAGCUCUGUAGUCGAAUGCAUAGGCGACUUGAGCGCCUGGGGGCGAAAACCGGCUACGAAGCGACACCAGAGGGUGCCGAGGAUGAAAUAUUCCUUGACGUCGUGGAUGUAUUCCUGAAAUACAUUCCCGACAAGUCACUCGCGGACUCCCUCGCCUUGGUUGUAGCUGAAGCUCUUCAGAUUUCGCCGCAGCGAGCACGCUUCUGCAUUCACGAGAGGACGCCUACCUAUUCAGACCAAGGCAACAAUCUCAUUCUGGGGAGAGAGACCUGCCGCAAGAUCAAGGUCCCGGCUGGGUCCCUUACGAAGGCUGCUGCCUCCUCGUCUCGCUUUGCUUCGACGCGGGCUGCUUUGGGGCUGAUGGAGCAAGUUGCUGCUGCUGUACAGAUGGCCGAGCCUGUUCUUCUUGUCGGCGAAACGGGUAUUGGUAAAACCACUGUCAUUCAACAGCUUGCUACAUUGAUGCGACAAAAGCUUACGGUGGUCAACUUGUCUCAGCAGAGUGAAAGCACUGAUUUGCUUGGAGGUUUCAAGCCAGUCAAUAUUCGCACGAUGGCCGUGCCCAUGCAUGAUGAUCAGGCCAGGGCUCUCAGGGCGCUGAAGAACAGCCAGCCAAGAAGAGGAAGUUAGAUUCCCCCAAAUAUCAGCUUUUAAGACAAAGGUGGGACAGAUUCGCAUCACAGCUCAACGAUUUUGAGUCGCAGGUAUCACAAGGAGAUGCAAAAUUUGCCUUCGCCUUUGUUCAAGGAAAAAUCGUGCGGGCACUGCGUAAUGGCGAGUGGGUUC